AUGAAGCUUGAUAAAGAUGUACUUUUCCUUAUAUUUGAAGAAUUAAAAAAUGAUAAGAAAUUCCUUCAUUCAUGUCUUUUAGUUAAUAGAAGUUGGUGUGUAACUGCGGUACCUAUUUUAUGGAGAGAUCCUGGGGAAUAUUUUAGAACCAUUAAUUCUAAUUAUACAAAGAAAAUUAUUAAAUUAUUUAAUGUAAUACUUUUACAUUUAUCAGAAGAGUCAAGAAAUAUUUUAAAGAUUCAAGGAAUUAAUAGUUCUAUUACAGAAAAAUAUCAACAUCCUUUAUUUAAUUAUAUUAGUUUCUGGAAACAUUUAAAUUUACUUUUCUUAGAUACGGUACUUUUUUCAAAAUCUAACUUGAACGCUAAAGACAUGUUAUUAAAAUUAUUUAUUAAUAAAAACACAAAUUUUAUUCAUCUUUCUAUUCCACAAAAUUUGGAUUAUGAAUUACUUCAUAUUUCAGGAAUUGAAAAAUGUUUUUCAGAACUUGAAUCCUUUCAUUGUAAUGAUGUUACUGAUCCACAUGUUUUAAUGGGAUUGGCAGGUAUAUGCAAAUCAAUUAAGAAAUUAAUAUUUGAUAAUUGGUAUCACUUUCCUGAUAAUUAUGGUAUUAUCAAAUUAAUUGAAGUACAGAAAAAAUUGUAUGAUAUUAGUUUCAUCUAUCCUAGAAGAUCAGUAAGAAAUGAUUCAUUCAACAAGACUCUUGAAAAAUCAUUAAUUAAACAUGUGGAUACUAUUCAAUAUUUAAGAUUGGAUUGGAAACCUAUUACAAACAUUCUUUCAUACCUUGUUAAUUUAUUAAGUUUAGAAAUCAAUAUACUUCAUUUUAUAAAAUCUGAUGAAGCAAAUCAUAUGGAAAAUUUAUCAUUACCUAAUUUAAGAAUUUUAACAACUCAACGAGUUCCUUCUAAAAUUUUGGUAAAUUUAAUUGAUAAUACAAUAGGAAAUCUUAGUGAAAUUAGCGUAUUUUGUGAUGGUACUAAUAACAAAGAACUUAUGCAAUCUAUCAGUAAAAAUUGUCCAAAUCUUAGAUAUCUUAAAUUAUCAUUACUUACCAAUCUUAAUAUACUUAUUUCAGAACUUGAGAAUUUAUUAACAAAUUGUCAACUUUUAAAUGGAUUAAUUAUAGAUUUAUAUGAUACUGAUACUUUUAGUAUAUUUAAUUGGGAUAAAUUAUUUAAGAUAUUAAAUAAAUCAUCCCCAAUUUGUUUAUAUAAAUUUAAAUUUUCUUCUAUUAAAGUAAUCAGAUUAGAUCAUUUAGAAUUAUUUUUUGAUAAUUGGAAAGAUAGAAAUUCUAUGUUAUUAAAAAUAAGCAAUAAUUAUUAUUCUUCAGGUUUAGAAGCAAAACAGAAAUUGAAUGAUUUAUAUGAAAAAUAUAAAGCAAAAGGGGUAAUUAAUAAGUAUUUUACUGGUACUAGUAGAAAUAUUAAUGAAGAUUUUGAAUGGAUUUAA